GGCGCUUUCUGCAGGGCGAGCUGGCUGGCGAUGGAGGAGGAGGAGGAGGAGUUGAGCUCGGGGCACCGCGUCGACUGCCUUUUGCUCUCGAUCCCGAUCCCGCAUCGUGAUGCUACCCUACGCACAAUUGGAGAGCGGCGCUUUCUUGGAAAGAAUGCAAGAAGAGCUGUGGAGAUGAGAGUGCGGAGUAGUGCGUGCGAUGGAAGCGAGUGAUGUAAUGUGCGGGCGAUGGAUUCUGGUUCAUAGGUUUUCCUAGUGCGCGCGAUGGAUACCCCGCUUCUGCGCAGGAUUGCUCGUCGAGGGCAGGGGUAUAUGACGGUGAGGGAACACGGGACUUCGAAGUUCAGGCAGUGCGCGAGAAGCACUCGGGCCGAGGUUUGUCUCUCUGAGUCGAGCACGGGUGAUGGUCGGAACUCCACGUUCUCUUUCACCCUGCGCUAGGACAUCGGACAACUGAGGCCGGGGAGACUCGGACGAUCAGAGAAACUGCGAUUUCUGCAGGUCGAUUUCGGGGUGGAAUUCGGCUUAGCCCCAUCCGCGCCCCCAGACGCAGCACGCACAGAGAAGCGCACGGAUUUGCUCGAAGCUGGCCUCCUUUCCUGACACUCCGCUCUGCCUCCGGGAUUUUCACAGAGAUUUGACCUGGUAACAUCGGACGAGUGGCAUGGGACCUCCCAGCGUAGGUUUCACCACGCGGAAGGUGGCAGCAGCACAAUUUCAAAAGGCAGAAAAAGAAAGAUUGAAACGAGAAGAUUGCCACCGUGUAAAGCACGACAAACUCUUCUCGGAUUGGAAAAUUCUAGUUGGGUCGACGGAUUGGAGGACUCACGCCGCCGAGGAAGAGGGGUCUCAGAGGUAUCGGCUCCACAAUCUACCUGCGACUUACUUCGGGCCCGGAGUGUAUGAGCUGGGUUUGACAUUGCAGAAUCUGUCAGCUCCUCGAGAAGCAAAGCCUCGCAAACUCCGAAAGCAAGAUGUAGUCGUGGUUUACCUGGGCCAAGCCGAGAAUGUUCGUCAGAGACUUCAAAAAUAUGGCCAAUCUGGAUCUCACUUGGAAGGUGCUCGACUGGUUCCUGGUGCAGCCGUGGAGCACUGUGAAUACGAUGAUGGGAUGACUUCUCCUUCUCCGGCAAAGGCGAGAGCCAAAGCCGAUGGGAGCACGGGGGGCAGCACCGAACGAGGACUGCGCUUGUUCACAGAAGUGUUUUCCAGAGGGUACUCCAUCGUGUUCAGAUGGGCGAGAACAGAGAGCAAGCAGAUGGCAGAAAAAGUAGAGUCGGAGCUUCUCCACGUGUUUGACUAUCCCUGGAAUCGAGGAUUGAAUGGGGCUCGGAGACCCGACGAUAUUCUAGCGAGGUUGGAGCUCAUGCAGUACCACUUGGAGCAAAGUCUGUGCUUGGGAAGGUUUUUAGGCGCAGGAAGGGAGAAGUGGACGGUCUUUCAUAGGAAAGUUGGCAUCAAAGUACCCGUGGAAAGGCCAUCAGAAGAAGGCAGCGCAGGUAGCUCCAGGUUUUCCAUUUUCCGUGCCAGCUCGAAGGAUGGACUGCCCAAUGCUUUACCCAACUCCGCAGACUCUCAUUGCGGUGUUCUGAUGGCGGAUGGGUCCAAGUGCUCCAAGCCUCCAGUGAAAGGGCGCAGACGGUGCUCUGAGCAUAAAGGCCUGAGAGCGAAGUUGACGACACGACGCGCACGAACUGCGAAAUCCAAGACCGGUGAUUGUGGCAGGAAUCCAAGCAUUCCCUCCGAGUCUUAUGGUGGCCACAAAGGUGAGCCUCCGGUGCUGGUGGUGAAAUCCACACCGAACGGCAAGCGGUUGGAGCUCAGUGAAGCUCCCAGCGACGGUUUGGUUUGUGGUGUGACCUUAGACGGCGGCAGCGUAUGCCUGAAUGAGCCUAUCAAAGACAGGAAGCGUUGUGCUGCUCACAAAGGAAUGCGAACUGGGGGAAAGGCCACUGGUAGUCCCAUAAGCAUCCAUCUUAGCACGCAUACUCCAGCCAGAAAGACCAACCAUGUAGUGAGAUAGUCCGAAAAAACAGCACACUUGGAAAAUUGCGCGUCGCAGGAUGUCGAUUUUUUUCCCAAAGAUUUCAUCUUUAUAUGAUAACACUCUGUAUAUAAUUUGUCUUCACUAAAUCGUCAAGCAAAAAUCCUCACGGAGCC